AUGGAAGAGUUUCAGCAGCUCAGGCGAGACAGUCUGGAACAUGCAACACUUUUAUGGAGUCUUACUGAAACACCUGGAGACUCGUGCAUGUAUAGGGACAAGGCUACGACACAGGUCUUUCGACAGCUGUCCAUAGUGCACGAGAGGCAGUUGACCGAUGCCUUUGCGUUCAUAGCCUCAUGGAAGGAUGAUCCGGACGAGAUUGUGGCCGUGUGUGUCGAAGAAAAGCGUCCUAUCGACCCCGGCAUUGUUAUUCGGAUCGCGUCAAACACUGGCAACCCGUCAGCAAUUGUUGCCAAGUUGCAGUGCGUUGCAGCAAUGAUGAAGAGAGCCAGCCAUCGCAAUGUGUCACGCUCAGAACUUCAGCAAGAAAUGCUCAGUCAAAUUAUUGCAGUCUGCAUUGACCGUAUACUGUCUCGACUACGAUCUUGCCAUGCACGCAGAACGAGGAGAACCGCAAACAAACCUCGCCUUCCCGUACAGCUACUUGAGACAUUGGAGCGAUGCGUUGCCUGCAAGCAGCCGGGACCAGCCACGAGAAAUGUCGUGCAGCAUGCUAGGGAAUUCGAGAAGAUCUUCCACUCGCAUGAGACGUCUUUGAAGGAACAAGAUCGCAAGCGAGCCCUUAUGGGGCUUUUGAAGUGCGCAUCUUCAUGCGAUAUUCCGGCGCUGAGGCAAGUGCUAUCGUUCAAGGGGGACAUUGACCCAACACUAAGAACACAUCUCCCAACCGCAAUAUCCAAACUUGCUCGAUACGUCGAAAUCUCGCACUACUUGAUCAACGCUGCGAAGACGACGAGACACUCGUUGUUCCAAGAUGUAGAGCUUCGGGCUGUCACGCAUCCUGGAUUUGGUCCCAGUCACUUGGUUGGCCCAUUUCGGCCUUUUCACGAGUUGUCCACGGAACUGGGAUGGCAGCAACAAAGGAGCACAUCUGGAAUGCGAACGAGCAGAGCGCAGUUCGAGUCACGCCUGUCGAAUCCUACAGCGACAUGGAAAGUGCACGCAGAGAUUCAGAUUGUGAUGUUCUACGAAAUGGAACCACAUUCCGUGAAGCCCCGUAUUAUUAGUGCAAGCAAGCUCGCGUGCUUCUGCUGCGACCUAUUCAUCCGCGUGCACGGAGAGUUUGUCGUCCCAGGGACACAUGGAAGGAUCUACAACACAUGGGUGUUGCCAGACCUGCCUGAGUGCGACUUUCGUUUCUACGGCCGUAUCAACCCAGUUAUGCGGCGGUUCAUCUCCCAGCUUAAACUCAUCUCCACUCAAAGUGCGGCGCGCCAUGGAAAACCUCGACCCCCGCCAGCAGAGAGUGCUGUCAUGGGGCUUGAGCCGUGGCCUUCUAGGUCGACGAUGCGACAAGCGUCACGCUCUCUUUUGUCAACAUCCGGAGAGGAGGUUUCUUGUGGGCAGCAUCUCCUCGAAGCGCCAGCAAGUUCGGCUCAAUCGAAUACAAGGUUGAAUGUGGUUCCUCCGCCCGGCCAUCCUGCGGUUGCCGCUAAUGCUGCCGUGGGCUUGGUAGCUUCUGUCGAAGACGAAGGCAGUCAAAGCUCAAAAUCAUCUGACACAGUUAUGUCAGUAGCGGCACCAGUGUCAUGCGAGGGUAUGAUGUUCGCAUACCCAGACACUGUUCCCCGCAAAAGUCCGCUCAAAAUGCUCGUUACCUCGGAUACUAGCACAUGGAUUCGGACCGACGCGGUGGAAUUGUUCAUGUCGGCCGAGGAAGCAAGCAACGAAGAAGUAACGCACGAUCAGAGCUCCGGUUACGAGGCGGCAUUCUGGAUGCGCCUAGAAGACGUCAGUAAGAGCAAGUGCGGAGAAGAGGUAUACAAACAGGAUGUCAUGUUGGACCUAGACCAAAUGGAAGAAGGCUCAGGAUACACCAUUCCUGUAGGCGUUGCUCCAACUAGGAGGAGGAUUGUGCUUUGCACUGCCACCCAGCGACUCCUCCUGUCUGUGCUCCCAGAGACUUUGAUGAUGCCACGAGACCGGCAGCGCACCGCACUACGUUGUGUGUAG